AUGCCAGCACCUCCUGGACCAGAUCUUCCAGCAAGAACAGCAUUGGUGCCUCAAGCUCUUCCACUGCGUGCUCCCGGGCCAUUGCAAGGGGCACAUAGUAUCGAAACUCUAGCUGGUAUUGGACCACCAGAGUCACGCUCGGUCCUCAAUGCAGCUCCCGGACUUGUGGCUUCUGGAGCGAUUGCACCACCGCAUGGGUUUCAACCAGGAACACCCGGUCCAUUACUUGGGGAACCUAGUAUUCUACAGGCUUUGAAUCCGAAAUCUCCGGUGCUUAUAGCUAUUGAUGAGGCGCUGACUAGGCCAGGGCUGCUAGGGGAGUUCCAACUGGAAUCAACUUCUCAGCAACCAGAGGCUGGGCCAUUGAUAGGAUCACCUAUUCUCGGUGUUCUAGUUCCGGGCGGAGAUGAGACAUCAGGACUGUUCGUAACUCCGAACCGAGAGGAGAUGUUCGCACCGCCAGGGUCAAAGCUGUUUGGAACGAUACAACCACCGCCUAAUUACCAGCCAACUUCUGGGCCCAUAGAGGGAGGCCAAAUCAUGGAAACCUUCUCAAUGAAUCUGGAAACCACCUCGAACCCGAAAUCUGUCAAUCUUGAUGUGUUGGACGCACUUAUGCUGCAACAGCGACCACAGCACAAAUGGGGACAUCUUUCACCUUUCUGGAGCGAGGCCUUGAUGCCCCUGAAACUGGAAGAUGCGCAAGGUUUAAUCGAUUCCUGGGCCGAAGAGCAGGAAAGACGAUUAGAACGCUUUGUCACGCAUACAACCAGGAUUCGGAAUCAUAUUGUGAAUCAUCCGGACACUUAUGAUACGAUGAUGGCUCUUGGGCUCCAGAAUGAGAGGUAUGAAAUUGUGGCGGGGUGGAGAAGUUGGCUCACAGAUGCAAAGAAGUGGUAUGUAAUUGAAUGGCACAAAUUGAAAUGGACCCCCGACGAGAUUCAGGAGAAUACUGAAGAUGGAGAUUGCAGACGAAUUGUAUCCGAAGAGCAGCUAAGCCAAAGAGCUAGGUUACAGAGACGGGAGGCUAAGCUGAUCGGUGGGUCUGAUUGGAUUGAGCACUUACAUGAUAACCUACCUUCGGGUGAUGCUUGGAGGCUCUUGUGUGAAUGGAAUGAGAAUGGGUUUGAUUUCAGCAGUCCCCUCACUGUGUAUAACAUCCCGAUGGAUAUUGUACGUGCUUCUGACUCUGCGCUGUUGUGUACUAACUACCUUGGCCAGAUGCUUAGUGACUCGACUGAUCCCCUUCAACUGAGUCCGAACGAUAUGUGGCUUAAUACUGCGUAUCUCAGUAUCGAGAAGCUCCAGGAAUGCCUGCAUGCACAGGGUCAUUUCCAACCAGGUCAAACGCUCUGGUGGAGCCCUGGGAUCCUGGCAAGCAAUGAUCUGUUCUUUAUAGAUGGUCAGACUCGGCUGGAUGAUUCAAAUGCCUUUGUUAGGGCAGUUUCAAAUAGUUUAAGUGGGCCGUGGGAGAGCUUCGCGGGAUCCAGGCCAAAAGUGGGUCGUCAUGGGCCUUUCGAUGAAAGUACGUCCCCUCGUGUUACUAUAAUUGUUCGGGACUAUUAG